CCAGAUACUGUCAGAGACAUGCCCCUUAACCAUCUCACAGCCGGGAGGAAGAGUUUGGUGUGGAGUAUAAAUUCUGAAUAAAUGGAAACCACAAUCUGAUGAAAGAGCAGGUUUAAUUAUUAACAUUUUGUCCGACUCUUGGGAAAGAAAGAAUCUUGCUUCCUGUGUUCUGAAAGUUAGUAACACCCUGGUUACCGCCCCAAACUGUCUCUCGAGUUUUAGAUCUUCGUUACGGAUCACUGAAGACUCUACUGUAGGCUACUCUUCAAGAUAACUACAGCUGCCUAAUAUUGCUCAUCGACUUGCUGGUCUGCAGGAUGUCGCUGCCAAGACAGCUGAGAGACGAGAGUGACUUUGACCAGCUUCCCGACGAUAUCCCAAUAUCGGCCACCAUUGCUGACAUCGAGGAGAAGAAAGGGUUCAUCGUCUAUUAUCGGUUUGUGAUCGAAGUGAAGACCAAAGGCGGCUCUAAAUACCUCAUAUACCGGCGUUACCGACAGUUCCUCGCACUUCAUCAGAGCUUGGAGCACAAGUUCUCCCCUGAGACUCAGACCGCCACCUACUCCUGCACCUUACCCUCACUACCGGGCAAGGUGUUUAUGGGGAAAAAACAGGAGAUAGCAGAAAGCAGAAUCCCAGAACUCAACGUCUACAUGAAGAAGCUGUUGAGCCUCCCCACGUAUGUUCUACUGGAGGACGUGGUGCGGAUGUUCUUCUACCAGAGCAAUUCAGACAGCAAGCAGAUCCCCAGGACCCUACGCCGGCUCCGCCCCCCCACACGCAGAGUGAAGACUGUCAAAACCAAGCCUGACCUGCUCUCCUCCCCCAGAGCUGAGGCGAUGUUCGACUUCAGCGGGAGCGGGAAGCUGGAGCUCAGCCUGCGGGCCGGAGAGGUGAUCUUUCUGCUCAAGAGAGUCAACGCCGACUGGCUGGAGGGGACUGUGAGGGACAGGACAGGCAUUUUCCCUAAGUCCUUUGUGAAGAUCAUUAAGCCCCUCCCAGACAGUGACUCUGAAGGGGAGGGGCAGGAGAAGGGCGCGGCAGGCUCCUACAGCUGCCUCCGCUGCUACCUCCAACAGGGCCCGGACGUGGAGACCAGGGACGUCUGUGUAGAAGAAGACCUCUCCACCCAGCCUGCCUACAGCGAGCUCCUCACUCUUAUGAGGGAGGUGUUCAAGUUGGAAGACAUAGCGCUGAACUAUCGCGACCCGGAAGGAGACCUCAUUCGUAUUUUGGAUGACGUGGACAUCGGACUGAUGUUAACGGAAGGCAGGCUCCACGGAAUGGCGGUUAAGCGGCCUGUCAACCAGUUCCCAUGGGAACUGUACAUCACGCUGGCCUCUGACCUGUCUGUGUAUAAUACAGAAUUCUAAGUGUACACCUAAAUGACUGUGGGAGAAAGGUGGACCCCACACUGCUCUCAGUGAGACUUCAACUUCACAGUAUUCACAUUUUACGGUAACCAUACAGUACCGUGCAAAAAUGUGAGAACCACUGCUCAAAAAGCCUUUUACAAUUAAUAUUUAAGUGAAGAGAAGAAAACCUGACAUCUAGCUAGUACAGUGUUAAACAUGACACAUUUCUGACACUUCCUGUAGCCAGCUAAGAGUCUUUAAAUUCUCGCUUUUGGCUUCCUGGCGGAACUCUCGCUCAGAAAUAUUCUUCGGCCUCCUUGCAUGUAUGGCAGGUUUGAGAUCUCGCCAAAGAUUUUCAAUAGUAUUUAAGCCAUUCCAAGACCUUCAUCCAUCUUUCCUGGAGGUACUUCAUGGUUGAUUUUGAGUUGUGCUUUGGAUCAUUGUCUUGCUGGAAUAUCCAACCUCUCUGCAACUUCAGUGUCUGGACUGACCUAUGGCGAUGUCAUGUAGGUCUUUGUUGUUUAAAGUAUGUUGUAUUGCUGUCAUGUGAACAGCUAGACCUGUGAUUGCACACUUUUUACAAUCUUGCUUUAAAAUUUGCAGAAAGGUCUCUUGUUUGUUGUCCUACCAUUAGAGUUCAGGUUUUCUUUUGAUCACAUACAGAUUCAUUGUAACAGACAUUUAAACGAGUGCCUGCAUUUUUGCACCCCACUGUAUGUAAGUCCACAGUUGCUCAAGAUAUGAAGGCAAAUCACUUUUGCACAUUUGCAUCACAAUUUGUAGUGCCCUCGGCCAUCUGCUCUGAACACAACCAUUACAGCUACUUCAGCAAUAUAAAUCAGGUCACUGUUCAAAGUAGUCAUUUUUUCUCUGUUUUUUUAUGACUGAUUCAGGAGUAUUUCAGGAAAAUGCUGAAGUACUUCCCGUAUAAUUUUGUGUACUAUAUAUUGUACGUUACACCAUAAUACCAUGUGUCCUUUUGGAGUCUUCAAAUGGCCUUUUUGGAAACCCGCCAAGCUUAGCUUAGAAAAAGCAAUGGAGAAUGCUCACUUUUGGUGAUAAUGUCAUCAAAUGGAUUUGGUUCAUGUUGUGGUUCCAUUGUGUUUCUAAGCCCACCUGGCAUGUGUCCAGCCCUCAAAAACAAUAAAAUAUUACCGGUUUGAAAAAAA